UCCGGGUUGCCUAGGCACCAUGUCGCACAGGAAGUUCGAACAUCCCAGGAGCGGCUCCCUGGGGUUCAGCCCCAGGAAGCGCUGCCGCCGUGGUCGGGGCAAGGUGAAGUCCUUCCCCAGGGACGAUGCCUCCAAGCCGGUGCACUUGACGGCCUUCAUGGGCUACAAGGCCGGCAUGACUCACAUUGUACGUGAGGUGGAGAAGCCCGGCUCGAAGCUGCACAAGAAGGAGACCUGCGAGCCGGUCACCAUCAUCGAGUGCCCGCCAAUGGUCGUGGUCGGCGUGGUCGGCUACGUGAAGACCCCGCGCGGUCUGCGGUCGCUGAAUACGGUCUGGGCUGAGCAUCUGAGCGAGGAGGUUAAGCGCAGGUUCUACAAGAACUGGUUCAAGUCCAAGAAGAAGGCUUUUACGAAGUACGCCAAGAAGUACUCGGACGGCAAGAAGGCGAUUGAGGCUGAGCUGGCCAGCCUGAAGAAGCAUUGCUCCGUGAUUCGUGUGCUGGCUCACACUCAGGUCAAGAAGCUGGGAUUCGGCCAGAAGAAGGCUCACCUGAUUGAGAUCCAGGUCAACGGCGGCACUGUGGCGCAGAAGGUGGACUUCGCCUAUGCCAUGUUCGAGAAGCAGGUCUCCGUUGACGCUGUGUUCCAGCCCAACGAGAUGAUUGACACGAUUGCCAUUACCAAGGGUCACGGUGUCCAGGGUGUCGUGCAGCGCUGGGGUGUGACCCGCCUGCCCCGCAAGACCCAUCGUGGUCUGCGCAAGGUGGCUUGCAUCGGUGCUUGGCAUCCGGCCCGCGUCAAGUGGACCGUGGCUCGCGCCGGUCAGCAGGGCUUCCACCACCGCACCGAGAUUAACAAGAAGGUCUACAAGAUCGGCAAGAAGGGCGAGGCGUCGCACUUGGCCACCACGGAUUUCGAUGUGACCAAGAAGGAGAUCACCCCUAUGGGUGGCUUCCCUCACUACGGCGUGGUCAACGAGGACUACAUCAUGGUCAAGGGUGCCGUGCCGGGCACCAAGAAGCGGGCCAUCACCCUGCGGCGCUCGCUUCUGCCCCAGACCAGCCGCAACGCUCUGGAGGAGAUCAAGCUCAAGUUCAUUGACACUGCCUCUAAGUUCGGUCACGGCCGCUUCCAGACCACCGAGGAGAAGCUCAAGACCUACGGCCGCAUUAAGGCCUAAGUUCCCCGGGAUGGCUAUGGUGCUGCUGCUCAUGUGUAUUGGUGAUUUGUCUUAGGCUGUCGUGGCCGAGGUGAUUGUAGGACGUAUUGUGCCUGCCACCUGCUAGCGGUCGCGUGCCAAGCAUUCCGCCGAUUCGAUGGCAUGAUGUGCUCUCUCCCCUUGCUGAAGACUUCUUUCAAGGCAGCUCCCAUGUAAGCAACCCAGACGGGUGUGAUGCGUUCGUUAAGCCUCCUGAAAUAACAGGUAUCACUGCCGGAUUUGUGCAAUCAUUUCCAGCUUACACGUGGUAGAACAAAGUUAUGAGCUUUUCUCUAAUUUGGAACCUGCAGCAAGGAUCUUGGAAAAUUUUCUAGUCGAUUUCCGGCUUAUUGCCCAAUUCGUUAGCUGUUGCCCAUUAUAGCCUGUGUGCUAAAGGUGAAGUGGUCGUGAUAGGGAACUAACUUGACACCGUCCUUUUUACAACAAUAAUCCGGCC